UCCGGCCCUACAACCCCCUCACCUCGCCGACCCCCCCGCUGUUUCCCACAGCUCCAUCGAUCUUCCCCGGGGUGGCCCCCAGAGCGAGGCAGGUCGGGGGAGGUAGGGGGUCAAAGGGGCACAGGCGAACGCCCCCCCCCCUUUUCCCACAAAACCACCCCCUCAAUUCGAAGCCUUCAUACCCUCCGACCCGAUCCCUCUCUCGUCGUCGCUAGGACCGCUAAGAACAUGGUUCAAACCAAAGUGCCCAGAGAUGUAUACCGUACACAUUUACUUGGUGUGGAAAAGGUCGGAAAAGAUUAACCAUGCGCCGACAGAGUCUCUCUCCAAUUUAUUUUCUGCCCAACUCUGAAGUCUAUACUGUAUCGUUUGUUCGUGUUCUUCCCUCCCAUGUAUACCGUAUACCCCUGCAACUUCCUCUUGCUCAAGGGAGGAUUGUCCUGCCUGCACCGGCUCUCCUAUCCUGCCCUUAGUCAACUCAAUUUCCAAACAAACAAGUGAAAACAAAAAUCAAAGACUUUUUGAGGUUUUGUUGGUUUGUGUGAUACCAAAAUGUUAAACAGAACUUGAGCUCCCCUCAUACACAAGAUUUUAGGAUAUUUUUUUUUAUAUUUUAAAUGUGAUCUCGUUUCUGUAUCUGGCUUUGCCAGGGCAGGCGACUAUUAGACCCUAACCAAAACAUCGGCGUCUGCUACUCGAAGAGUUUUCUGGCUAUUUACGGUGCCAAUCAAAAUGAGAGUAAGGGUUCGGAGAAAAGUUGUCUUGGCUGCAUCAGCCUUGUUCCUAGGAUGUUGCUUUGUGAUUUAUUUAAUCAUAGAAAUGACUAUGCUGCCUCAUCACGAUGAUCCAACAUCACCUCAAUCUCAACAACAGUAUUUGAGGAGGAGCGCUGUGGAAGGAAGUGAACGAAUAGUUGUUGAAAAGACGUUGAGCAAUGCUGUUCAUAUCCCACAAAAUGUUUCUUUGGCUUUGCAAUCGGCUCACUGGCUCUCUGAGUCAGAGGUCUGCCCUUCGCUCAACAAUCCUAAUGCAGAUAUUCAGAUGUAUGAACUGUAUAAUCAGUUAAAGUUUGACAAUGUGGAUGGUGGAGAAUGGAAACAAGGUUGGAAAAUAACUUACACUCCUGAGCAAUGGACGUCUAGAAGAAAACUUCGUGUCUUUGUUGUACCUCACUCACACAACGACCCAGGUUGGCUCAAGACCUUUGAAGACUAUUAUGCUUCCCAAACAAAGCAUAUCCUCAACAAUAUGGUUACUAAACUAUAUGAGGAUUCCCGGAGAAAGUUUAUUUGGGCAGAGAUAUCAUUCUUUGCUAUGUGGUGGGAAGGAGCUAGCGAGGAACAAAAGAGUAGAGUGAAAAGAUUUGUGCAGAGUGGUCAGUUAGAGUUUGUCACUGCUGGAUGGGUGAUGAAUGAUGAGGCAAAUUCUCACUAUUUCAACAUUUUGACUCAACUUACUGAAGGUCAUCUUUGGCUACUCAAAAAUGUUGGAGUAACACCACGCAAUAGCUGGUCCAUCGAUCCCUUUGGCCUUAGUUCCUCAAUGGCUUUUCUUGUUCAAAGAUCUGGCCUUCAGAAUCUUCUAAUUCAGCGGGUGCAUUACUCAGUUAAGAAAGUUUUGGCGAAAAACCGACAACUUGAGUUUAGGUGGCGCCAACCAUGGGAUACUGCUGGCACUAUUGACUUGUUUACUCAUAUGAUGCCAUUUUAUUCAUAUGAUGUACCCCAUACUUGUGGACCAGAUCCCAAAGUUUGCUGUCAGUUUGAUUUUAAACGACUUCCUGGUUAUGGCUUGUCUUGCCCAUGGAAAGUUCCUCCAAGAGUCAUAACUAAAGGCAAUGUAGCUGAAAGAGCUGAGCUACUUUUAGAUCAGUACCGAAAGAAAGCACAACUUUACCAAACAAAUGUCCUUCUGGUUCCUCUUGGAGAUGACUUUCGUUAUGAACACCCUUCUGAAUGGGACCAUCAAUUUGAUAAUUAUCAGAAGAUAUUUGACUUUGUGAACAGCAAACCAAAAUUACAUGUUGAGGCCAAGUUUGGUACACUAGAUGACUAUUUCCAAGCUGUCCGUGAAGAGAGAUCUCAGUCAGGAUUUCCCUCCCUUUCUGGUGACUUCUUUACUUAUGCAGACCGAGAUGAUCACUAUUGGAGUGGCUAUUACACUUCCCGACCAUUCUAUAAACGAAUGGACCGUAUUGCAAUGAACUACUUAAGGAGUGCUGAAUUGAUAUUUGCCCUGGCCUGGAGUGAACAAUUGCAAACCAACAUACCAGCUGUAAACUCUGUCCAUUCUUGGCUUCUGACAUCACGCUCAGGCAUCCUACAACGAUUAGGAGAUGCAAGAAAACAAAUAAGUCUCUUCCAGCACCAUGAUGGGGUAACAGGCACUUCCAGAGAUCCUGUAGUGGAUGACUAUGCUAAAAAGCUCCAUGAUACCAUUGUGGGAUGUCAACAUGUCAUUCAAAUGAGUGCAUAUGCACUACUUGCCCCACGAGAAGAGCAUGCUGUUCCAGAAACUGACUCAAUGUUUUUUAUUGUUGAUGAUGCCUGGCAAGAUCAUCAUAGUUUGCCUGAGAGGGUUUCAGUUACCCUCGGAGCUCACUUAGGAGUAGAAGCCCGCCGAAUUGUGUUCUUUAACUCUUUGACCUGGCGAAGACAGGAAGUUAUAUAUCUCCAAGUUUCUACUCCUCAUGUGAAGGUCACUGACCAUGAAGGUAAUGUGAUAAAAUCACAAACCAGUCCUAUCUUCCAACCAGCAGGGAUUUCAGAAUCAGGUUUUGAAGUUGCUUUUGUGGCAGAUUUAAAACCUCUGGCUCUUACUACGUAUACAGUAUCAUUGGCUGUUCCUAAUGAUACACUGGCUAAGAACCAUUUAGCCAAAGUUCGCAUCAUGAACUCAUUGAACCAAGUGAGAAGUGCAAACGACGUCUUCAAAUCUGCCAAACUGGAAUCAGAUUCAAGAGAAUUCAAAAUCAAAAAUGAUAAGAUGUCAGUGGCUUUCAAUUAUUAUGGACUUCUUAAAGCAGUUACAAACCAUCAGACUGGACAAUUCUAUCCUAUUCAUUUGGAUUUUGCCAAAUAUGGUGCUCGGCUUGGAUCUGAACGAAGUGGAGCCUAUCUUUUUUUACCUGACAAGGAAGCUCAAGUCCUGUCCUUGGAUAAACCACUUAUAAAGGUUGUAGAAGGACCUAUUUACAGCCGGGUUGAAGUUGAUCUUCCAGGUGUUGUUCAUGCCAUUACCUUACACAACAGUCCAG